ACGUGUGGGACAGGACCCCGAGUGGACGUGUGGGGCAGGACCCCGAGUGGAUGUGUGGGACAGGACCCCGAGUGGAGGUGUGGACCCCGAGUGGAGGUGUGGGACAGGACCCCGAGUGGACGUGUGGGACAGGACCCCGAGUGGAUGUGUGGGACAGGACCCCGAGUGGACGUGUGGACCCCAAGUGGAGGUGUGGGAUAGGACCCCGAGUGGAGGUGUGGGACAGGACCCCGGGUGGACGUGUGGACCCCGAGUGGAGGUGUGGGACAGGACCCCGAGUGGAGGUGUGGAUCCCGAGUGGACGUGUGGGACAGGACCCCGAGUGGAGGUGUGGACCCCGAGUGGACAAGUGGGACAGGACCCCGAGUAGGUGUCUGCAUUGUUCACCCCAUGCCUUACCUUGGCCAGUGUGCACUCAGACUUCAAUUCUCUGGGUCAAUGUUUAGGCCAAGAAGCUGCCGUGUGGCCACAUUUUGGAGGUUCCGGAAGAUGAACAAAACCUGUUCAGUAGUCUAAUAAUGGUUUUUUAUUUCUCUGUCUUUGGAAUGUUACCCAGUUAAGAUGGAGCAAGAAGCAGAUUCAGCUGUCCUUUCUCUAAGAUGGGCUUACCUUGCAGGACUGCCAGUCUGGUGGACACUCUGCAGGUAUGUCUCUGCAGGCUUGGGAGUGGGAAGAAGAUGAGGAUCAGGGAAGCAUGGAACCCAUCUCUCCUCUGGCAAGUUUUUACAAGUCUCUGAGUGACUGCGAUGUGGAAGAAUACCUCAGGGCCAAGGCCAGAGCCCAGGAGUCAGAUUCUGAUGACCACUUCAGUAUGGACUCCUCAUUCAAGACCGCCAGCACCUUUGACUCAGACGCACCCCAGGUCGUCCCCUGCAAAUUCGUUAUUUCGCUUGCUUUCCCAGCAAAUGCAGGUCAAAAAGGAAAAUACACAAAUUUUACUGAUAAACAUAAGAAACACUCUAAACCGGACAAUCGUACUACAAAAGCUCGCCGUUUCUAUCACAUUGAGUAUGUCUUCCUGCCCGAUGAUGGAGAACCAAAAAAAGUUGAUGUAGUGGUAUUUCCAGGAGUUGCCAAAGUGUUCCUGGAGUCAGUAGUAAAGACGGUGAAGCCGUGGCGAGAAGGUAACAAAAUCUGGGUGUCAUGGAGCCAAACUUUCAAUGUCAAUAUGACAAAGGAGUUAUUAAAGAAAAUAAAUUUCCACAAGAUCACCUUGAGGCUCUGGGACACCAAGGACAAGGUCUCCAAGAAAGUCAGGUACUACCGUUUGAAGACUGGUGGUUAUUCAGAGGACACAGGAUCUUUUGAGGAAGUAAGAAUGUUGGUUUUAAAUCAGAAAAAAAUGUCUGAAAUGGAUACUGAGAGAGUCAGCACUGUCAGAGAGAAGUAUGAUAAGGAAUAUCUGUCAGGAACAAAAGAAAAGGCAGAAAAACACUCACAGUCUCAACAAGGUUCCCACCAAACAGACCUUGAAAUUUCUUCUAAGAACAGUGAAGAGUAUGAAAAGUCACUCAAAAUGGAUGAUCUUUCUCCAUUUCGACGAAGUACUUCAAGAACAACAGCUUCUUUGGCAGGAACUGCCAUGUUGGAUAUUAAGGAAUUAAUUGAGAGAACAUCAUUAAGUAGCUUAACAAAUGUAUCAGAAAAACAUAAGUCUCAAAGAAAAGAUUCAGAGUGGAAGAAGAAAUACCCACAGAAAGGAAAGAAAUCUCGAACAGAAGAUGACAUAGAAGCUAAAUUGCCGGAGGCUUGGGAGCAGAGCACCUUCUCUCUCCAGCUGGCGGUGAUGCCGCUCCUUGCUGGAUGUUACACUGUCGUAAGUCGUGGCAGUGAGAAGUCUGCCAACAUUUUAGAUUGCUUUUUGAGUUUAAAAACAGAAGUUCCUAUCAUGACAGAGGAGCAAAAGCAGGACCUAAACCCCCUGACCAUAAAGAUCAAGUGUGCCUCCUGCCUUCCCUCACAGCCUGUGCCUGUGAAUGAUCUAGAGAGGCUGUGCGCACCCGUGUACUGCAGUUAUCAAUUCUACAAGACGCCAGUUCACAAGACAAAGGGGGAGCCACACGGGACCCAUGUAUACUUCCAGGACAUCAAUGUCAUCUUCCUUGGAGCCAUCCAUCCCAGUGACCUGAGGGAGUACCUGGAGGGCCCCCCGAUGGUGGUGGAAGUUCAUGACCGGGACCGGAAGUCAGAAGAGUAUUCUCACAAGCUCACCCGCUUUGGAGAGAGUACUCUGGAUCCAUACAUCAACCUCCAGACCCUCAUCUCUUCCAAAGAGACAGAGAACAAUCCCUUUAAGUCCCAGAACAAGACAUGGGACCCUUACGGGGUUGCCCAGGUCAGCUUUGCUGACCUGCUCCUUGGCCACAAGUACCUGAACCUGGUUGUCCCCAUCCACAAUUGUGAGCCCAAGGGCGCAAGCCACAGCUGGGCCCUCAGGAGCAGGAAGGCUGUGGGGUCCCAAGUUCCCACAGAUAUCCUCCAGCUCAGCCCGAUGCCCAUGGGCAACUACCUGGAGGCUGAUUCACUGCUCAAACUGCGAGUGGACGUGGCAGUGCCCUUGAACGUUGGGGUACAAGCCCCCAGUGCAGACCUCACAGCCACCCGGUUUGGUCGCAUUGUUUUUGUGUUUGACUCCAAGAAGGUGUUCCUUCUACAGAGCUUGCUGCAGGACAUCACUGCCAUCAAUGCCAAGGCCCUGGAGCUGGAUACAUACCCAGCCAAGAAUAUCCAGCAGAUCCUGUCUGCCUUCAAGAUGCGGGUGAAGAUCCAGGACCAACUGGAUAUGGAUCUGCUCACCGGCUUCCACCUGCUGGAUGGGAAGAUCCACCUCCUCAUCCUGGAAGGCUUGGCAGACCAAGGCUUGAAGCAACUGUGGGAGAAACAUCAGAGUAGUGGUGUGAUAAUUCUUCUUCUGUGACAAUCUGGAAGCAUCCACAUCUGAGUAAAUAAG